AUGGGAGGAUUGGCACCCAACGUUUGUAAACUACCCCCGUACCAUACCAGGAAGAGAUGGAGUCCCGCUCCAAUAUGUAGUCCGAACGAACAAGCAUCAGUUCCGACAUACCACGAAGACUUCCUAGAGAUGUACAUCCAAAUGGCACCACUCAAUGGCGAAGCCUUUACAAUUGACAACACCAAAGUUUUAGUCCUCUUGAGAAAAUUUACCGUGGGCAAUACCGAGGCCGAGGCGACACUACAAGCCAUUGAUGUCAAAGGCAAGGGAAGGGAUGCAUUUAUCGCCCUACGCACCCACUACGAAGGUGAAGGACUCCUAGCCCACCUAUGCUACGUGGGAGAAAAGCCUACAAUGAACUGGGCCAUGUUUGAACGCAUGCUGAAGGAAGCAUACGCAGCAUACGACAAACAUGAGGGGAGAGUAGUACAUUUGGUGGCAAUGAAACUACGUAACCUGCAAACCAAGGUUACCACAUCCUUUCUACAACUGAACAAGACGGCGAUUGAUACGGAAAUUGUCGAACGGCCAAUGGUGAUGAAUUUCACAACGGCAUUACAAAUCUACCGAACUGCAGUAAGGGAAAAUUUUCCCAAGGAAACAACAAUGCCACUGACAGGGACAACACUUGGGCGAAGCUCGAGCUAG